AUGUCAAUCGAGGUUAAAACUGACGAUCAUUUGGAAGAAGAUAAUUUGGAUGACGGCAAUACGGAAGGCAAUUUAGCCGCUUCGAUACAAAAUGCGACUAAUGUUUCUACAGGACAAAAACGUCAGCGCGAAGAUCGUGGUGGACCAGCUUCGAAAAAGGCGUACAUCGUUGACUCCGAUGAUUCAGUACAAGUUAAAAUGCUAAUUCCUUCCGCGGCAGUGGGCGCUAUCAUUGGGAAAGGUGGCGAAACGAUGCGUAACUUAAAAAGUGAAUCAGGAUGUAGGCUGCAAAUGAGUAAAAACCAAGAGGUUUAUCAUGGUACCAAUGAAAGGAUUUGUUUGGUGAAAGGAAAAAUCGCCUCAGUAAUGAAAGUUGUCGAAGUGAUCAUGGAAAAAAUACGUGAGAAAGUGGAUGCCAAUACGCCCGCAGAUCCGUUUGACCAUAAAGGUGUUGAGCGCUCGAAGGAGAUGAAAUUGUUGGUACCAAAUACAUCUGCUGGUAUGGUAAUUGGUAAGAGUGGAGCGCGAAUAAAAGAAAUCCGGGAUCAGACGGGGGCUAACAUACAAGUAUUUCCCAAAGCGGGCAGCCCAGAAGCAAAAGUUAGUCUUGAAAGGGUUAUCACGAUUGCUGCUGAAAGCAACGAUGUUUUGAUGAACGCGAUCCAACGCGUAUUAGAAAAAGUUGCUGCUGAUCCACAACAUGCGUCUUCAAUUGAUCAUAAAGAUGAUGCAUUUGGAAACAGUCUUCAUUCUCACACUGGUCAAACUCCAUCUGUUCAACCAUUUGAUUUUGCUGGACGCCAAACUGCUGGAAUGCAGUUUGGGUCAUUGUCUUCUAUGCAACAAUCUCAGUUCGGAGGACAAGUUGGUAGUGCUCCUCAAGUCUGGCAGCCUAACCAACAAAGGGCUUUAGACGUCUCCUACAGCACGCCAAACAAGGACAGUUAUACAAAUGGUGGUUCUAGUGGCUUUAAAUUCAAUCCUAUGCAAGGUUUGGGGAAUAAUGAGCUGCUUGCUUUUCUUGAUAGUCUUCAGUCAACUUUACGUAAUUCGGGUUUCAAUGAAUCAAGUGUUGCUGAAGUGAUGCAGGCGAUGCAGGUGUUGGCAAAAUACAAUAUUAUGGGACUUGGGCUUGGACUUGGUGUAGCAGCUAUGGCUCAGAUGAGGUCGAAUGAAUCCGCAAACAUGCAACAGCAGCAGCAAUCCAUAAUGCAGUCUCAACGUUUUGAUUCUUCAAUAAUAAGUAGCACCCAAAGCAUACUUGAUACUCCGGAACGCCAUUAUGGUGGUCAUUCGGAUAUCAAUAAAUCACUUAGUGGCGUCGGAGGAGUUCUCAUUGAUGUUAUGAGCCAGAACAAGUCAAGUGUUACAUCAAAUGGACUAAACUUUGCCUCGACCGUUAUAAAGGAAAAAUUAGUUGAUAAUGGACACGUUGAACUAGAGGUUCCUGAUGCCAUCGUUGGUGCAGUGCUUGGACCGAAGGCAAAAACGUUGGCAGAAAUUCAGCAUCUUAGCGGUUGCAAGGUUGAGGUACAUAAACGAGGUUCACUAACGGCUCAGGGCAAUCGGCUGAUUAGCUUAACGGGCGAUGCAGAUUGCAUUCGUAACGGCAGGCUGAUGAUUGAAAAGGUAAUAAAUGACGAGCAAGCGCGUCGCAAUCAACAAGCUCAUCAUAGCAGAGGCAAUUUCCUUUGA